UAGUGUUUGUGUACAGGUUGCUAGGUAACACUGGAGACUAUCAUACAUGUUCGUUCAGCUCGCGCUCGGCUAACACCGACAGUGGGAACAUUUGUCUUUGUUAAUUGUGUACAACAAUAACGCAGCGCAAAAAUGCCGUUCACAACAAAACCUCCGCUGCAUGACCAAAUAAUGGAAAUGCAGCGUAAAAUACAACUUCUGGAGGGCGACAGGACUGCAUACUAUGAGAGCUCUCAAUCCACCAUCAAGAAGAACAGAGAGUCCAUCCGCCAGCUGAGGCAGGAGAACAAGAGGCUCUGCAGGAAAAUGGCAGAAGCCAGUGCUGGUGAUGAAAAUAUAAUCAAAGUGGCCUUUCAUAACAGAGGGUUGGAGAAGGAUGCCUACCGCAACAUGUCAGGGAAGGCAGCCCUGACGACACUCGACCAGAGGGUGCUGUCCAAGAUGAAGCGUCUCAAUGCCCUUAAACACACCACCCAGACCCACAAGCUCCGCCUUGAAGAGCUGAAGAUGGAAUACCAGAGAAAGAAACCAGCGGGCGGCAGUGGAGCACAGUCUGCCGACGCUCGCACUCGGAAGAAAGAGGAAGAUGCCAUGAGGCUGCGGGCGCUGGAGAACCGUCUGGAGAAGACCCAGUUUAAGUGCAAGGAGGCUGAGAACAUCAUGACUAACUAUCACAAGCUCAAAAGUCACCUGCAGGAUGAGAGUCUGACUUUCCAGGGCCAGCUGGACAGUCUGGAGGCGGAAAUCCUGAAGCACAGAGAGGAGUUCCACAACAUGCAGCUCAUGAACAACAACGCGCAGCUCUCUAAAGAAGCUGCUAAGGCUGACUUACAGAUGCAGGAGGAAUUGCUCUACAAGGAGCGCAAGGAGAGAGAGCAUAUUAUAGCAAGCUACAGGAAGAAGGUUGAGGAGCGCAAGGCCCAGGCGGAAAAAGUUGAUAGAAGGAGAACAGCUAUGCAGCCAGAUGAGCUGAGCAGUGAGGCCCAGCGCAGCAGCCCCAGGAUGGCAGGUGAAGAGGAGAAGGUCAUCUCCACUUUUGAGGAGGCCUUCCUACGCAUCAAGGAGGCCACCGGAGUCACAUACAUACAGGAGAUAGUGGAGCGCUUUAUCUCACAGAAGGAGACACACCAACACCUGGAGAAGCUGAAGGGAGAGAAUGAGAAGGUGCUGCAGCAGCUGAAGGAGCAGAAGGAGCUCCUGAACCAACAGUUCCAGGACAUGAAAUACUCUGGAGAGGCUAAACUCUCCAGUGACCAACAGAUGCUGGAGGAGUGUGAGCAGCAACUGCAGGCUCAGCAGCAGAGGUGUGAGGCAGACAAAGAGCGCCUGGAGUGGCUUGUUAAAGCCGUCGGUACCGUCCGAGCCGGAGUGGAGCACCUCGCAGACAAACUUCAACACAUCACGCUGAGUGAGGACACGGUGGCUGAAGUGUCUCCAGACUCAGAUGCGUUUGUGGUGGAGCUGAUAACCCAGUGUGAGCUGAAGCUGCAGUUACUGCACGAGGAGCUUCGGGGGAAGGAUGUGGCCGCCAUUAUGAAGGAGAUGGAGGAAGAGGAGUUCUACGUCAGGAUUGAAGGGAAGCUGCCAGAAUACAACACCCGUGUCAAGCUGCAUGAGGACCAAAGACUGGACCUCUUCGAUGACGAGGACGUCAGCGAAGAGGACGAGGCUGACAUUAUCUCACGGGAGGCACUGAAGCGUCAGUCUCAGCUGAUCAUCGACUCCAAGUCUAAGAAGAAGGCCUGGAAGAAGAAGAAGGGCAAGUUCUGAAGCGACGCCACAGUCUCAGGACUCAGGACCUUCCCAGGUUUCCCAUUGCUAUUUUACCCAAUUAAUGUUUCAACUCUACAUAUUAUUAUUAUUAUUAUUAUUAUUAUUAUUAUUAUUAUUAUUAUUAUUAUUAUUAUUAUUAUUAUUAUUAUUAUUAUGUGUUGCUACAAAUAAUCUUA